CGGAAACUGUUCCGGGACGGAAUUCGCGGAUAUGUGGCUCGAUUAUAUUAUGGUGCUAUGUCUGCUGGGCUCCUUAAGGCCCUCGAUAUCGGCAUUCCAGAACUGUGCACCUGAAAAGCAAUGUGUGCCGUAUGAACAGUGCAACGAGGGUCUAACGGUGGACGGAAAAUUCUACCCGGAUCGCAGUCGGACGACUUUGGAUGAGAACUGCCACUAUAUGGAAAAGUGCUGUAAUACCCAAGAUAUACUCUCGACACCGGGACUCCCUCAGGAGGCGGCCAACUGUCCAUGUGGAGGUCGCCAUGAUCUCUGGUACUAUCUCCGGCCGUUGGGCUACAAGCAGCAGGAGGCCAAGUUCGGUGAGUUUCCCUGGCUGGUGGCGGUCUACGGGGCGGAUGCGUAUCUCUGCAGUGGGGCACUCAUCACUCCGCUGGCCGUGAUAACCACAGCUCACUGUGUCCAGAAUGUCCAAGAAGCCGGGAAGCUUCGCGUGGUGGCCGGGGAAUGGGAUGCUGCCGUGGAGUUGGAACCACAGCCACACCAGGCUAGAUCGGUGGUUGAGUCAUUGGUGCAUCCCAACUACACGCAAAUGCCGAUGGCCAACAACAUGGCGAUCCUGCUGGUGGACAAGGAUAAACCCUUUCAACUGGCCCCCAAUGUGCAGCCCAUCUGCCUGCCGCCCCCGCACAUGGCCUACAAUUAUAGUCAGUGCUAUGUGUCCGGUUGGCAGAGAGGUGACUUUGGGGCCUCAGCGAUCCUGCCUAAGCGAUGGACCCUCUAUGUCCUGCCACCCGAUCAGUGCAGGACCAAGUUGCGAUUGUCCUUUUUGGGGCGACGCCACGCCCACAACGAUAGCCUGCUCUGCGCUGGCGGCGAUAAGGGUGACUUCGUCUGCGGCGACGUGGACAUGACCGGAGUGCCCCUGAUGUGUCCUCUCUCCGGCCACGACGAUCGGUUCCACUUGGCCGGUCUCUUGACCAGGACAGCCCGCUGCGACGGCCCACAGUUCCUCGGUAUUUACACGAACGUCAAGUUGUACCGCCAGUGGAUCGAUCUGAAGCUGAGGGAACGCGAUCUCGAUAUACGGCAGUACAUGGUGUAAAGCAAUCCCCGACAAAUAAACAGUACAUGUUUGAAGACUCGUCUUUGUUUUACGUUAGUUCUUAUUACAGAGAACUGAUUUUACAUCCAAAUUUAAUUUUGCUCAAAAAUAUUUUUAAUAUUUAUAAUAUAUUAAGAUAUUUUUUAAUACCGACCAGUUCCAAUAUCUUAAAGGCUUAAGUGAAAUUAAGUUCAGUUGUAAAAUCAGUUUGUCAGUUUAAAUUUAAUUGCAGUUCGUGCUUUAGCGCUAUUUGGUGGAAAAAAUAUUUUGAAAGACAAAAUUGAAAAAAUACAAUGUUGUAAGACAAGAUUAAGACUUCUAAUUCAAAAA